AUGGCCUCAUUUGCACGAAAGCCAUCUUCUGGCAUUGUUCCCGAUCGUCAUCAUCCCCACACCUUGUCCACUCUUGAUUUUCAAGGUGCAAGCUCUGCCGCUGCUGCCAAAGCCAUGAAGUCCGAGUUGAGCAAGUUGGCUGCUCAAAUCCAGGAUGAAGGUGAACGCAAGUUCUUUCAACAAGAAAUGGAUGGAUUCUACAUGCUGUUUACGCGUUUCAUGGAUGAAAAGGCUAAGGGCACCAAGCUGGAUUGGGACAAGAUCCAAUCGCCCUCGCCUGAGCAAAUUGUUGCAUACAAGGAAUUACCUGAAUGUACCGCAUCCAAUGAUCUCGACAAACUUGCUGUUCUCAAGUUGAAUGGCGGUCUUGGAACCACGAUGGGCUGUGUUGGUCCCAAAUCGGCUAUUGAAGUUCGUGACGGAAUGACAUUUUUGGACCUGAGCGUGCGUCAGAUUGAGUACCUCAACAAGAGACAUGAUGUGAAUGUUCCAUUUAUUUUGAUGAAUUCUUUCAACACGGAUGAAGAGACUCGUCGCAUUGUACAAAAAUACGCCACCCACAACAUCAACAUCACCACCUUCAACCAAAGCCGUCAUCCCCGUAUCAACAAGGAAUCACUUUUACCAGUGCCUCGUUCUCCCAACUCGGCUAUCGAACAAUGGUAUCCCCCUGGUCACGGUGAUUUAUAUGAAGCAUUGUACAACUCUGGUCUCUUGGACAAGUUACUCGCUGAGGGCAAGGAAUACUUGUUUGUGUCCAAUGUGGACAACUUGGGUGCAACUGUGGAUCUUACCAUCUUGCAUCAUAUGGUGGAAAGCGAUGCUGAAUUCUUGUUGGAAGUGACGGAUAAAACCAAGGCUGAUAUCAAGGGUGGUACUUUGGUCGAUUACAAUGGUCAUAUUCGUUUGCUUGAAAUUGCUCAAGUACCCAAUGAGCAUGUGGAGGAUUUCAAGUCUGUCAAAAAGUUUAAGAUUUUCAACACCAACAACCUAUGGAUCAACUUGAAGGCCAUCAAGCGAGUAUUGGAAGAGGAAGCCAUGGAUUUGGAAAUCAUUGUCAACAACAAGACCACGGAUAGCGGUGAAAAGGUGAUUCAAUUGGAAACGGCUGUGGGUGCUGCUAUCAAGCAUUUCCGUAACGCUCAUGGUGUCAAUGUCCCUCGCACUCGUUUCUUGCCCGUCAAAUCCACAUCGGAUCUUUUCCUCGUCACCUCCAACUUGUAUUCACUCGUCCAUGGCGAACUUGCCGUCAACCCCAAGCGCAUGUUUAAUACCGUGCCCCUCGUCAAGUUGGGUGAUCACUUUAAAAAGGUCAGCCACUUUUUGUCUCGAUUCAAGACCAUUCCUCACAUUCUGGAACUGGAUCAUUUGACGGUCACGGGUGAUGUUACAUUUGGAGCCAAUGUGGAACUAAGAGGCACCGUCAUCAUUGUUGCCAACCAUGGUGAACGUAUCGAUAUUCCUUCAGGAGCUGUAUUGGAAAAUAAGGUCAUUACUGGCAACCUUCGCAUUUUGGAUCAUUAA